AUGGGUUCACACAACACCUUCAACAUGCGACUUAUACAGUUCUUUGACAACGGUGAUUACUGCCUUACGAGUCGCCCUUCAGAGAUCUCUCCAGAGCCUCUAGAUGACAAGCCAUUUUAUGGCAUCCUUUCGCACAGAUGGGGUCCUGCCGGAGACGAGAUCACGUAUCAAGAACUGAUGGAUGGUAAACGCAGAUCUAUACGCGAAAGCGACCUUGCGCGUGUUGGAUUUCGCAAGCUUCAAUUCUGCCAGCAGCGGGCUGCCAAGGAAGGCCUUCGUUACUUCUGGAUAGACACAUGCUGCAUCAACAAACAAGAUCAGUCUGAGCUGUCGUAUGCACUAAACUCAAUGUUCCACUGGUACAAACAAGCACUUCGAUGCUACGUCUACAUGAGCGAUGUCGCAUGCACAACAGGUGGAGAAGCUAUUCAAAAUAUGACAUUCGAAAACAGUCAGUGGUUCAAACGUGGUUGGACACUGCAAGAGUUGAUAGCGCGAACGUCCGUUGUGUUUUACUCUCGCGAGGGGACGUAUAUUGGUAGCAAGAGAAGUCUUGAGAAGGAAAUCCAUCAAAUCACCAAGAUCCCCGUCAAAGCCCUCCGAGACAGCAGCUCCUUGAGCACCUUCAGUGCAGAAGAACGCUUCAGAUGGACGCACGGUCGAAAAACAACACGGCCGGAAGACACGGCAUACUGUCUACUUGGCAUCUACGACGUCUGGAUGACGCCCAUAUAUGCCGACGGAGACUGGGAAACGCUGAAAAGCAGGGCGAUCGAGGGGCUGAAGAGCGAGAUCAAGGAUAAGAGAGGGAAAGAGGAAGUCGUCGUCAUUGGUGGUGCGUCAUGGAGUGAUUUGUCCGCCAUUAGCGACCACAGACUACCGGAGCUGGAUCAGGAUAUUCCAAGGGUAUUCUCCAACGACAAGUCACCUUACCCAGACGUCGACCAAUGCAGGCCGGAAGAUGAGAGAAAUGCUUGGUAA